GCCUUUGAAUCAUUUAUUAGAAUUAGAAUGUUUUACUUGUACACACACGUGUACAAGUACACGUGUGUGUACACGUUACACAUCAGAAGUGAAGCAGUGGUUGGGUACCUUGCUCUGGGGUAACCCCAGCCCUUGACCUGUCUCCGGAUUCGAACCAGUGACCUUGGGGUUACCCGUCUCUGCAAUAACUUCUUUCAUGUGCAUUUGUCACUAAUCGAUCGCGACUAAUUGCCAUUUUCUGGACAUUCUGCCACCAAACCCCUCUCCUGCAGAUCCACCAGGGAAGCACAGGAGACAACAAGACAACGAUUCCCAUGAUCCAACGCUUCUUUCCAAUAUUAUCAAAUCAACCAUUUUAUCAUUUCAUUUUGAUUGAAACAUUGAUUUGAAAAUAAAUGUCAGUAUAUGUUUACUGUGGUUUAGAUGGUGCUUAAAACUUUCAUUUGUUUACUUAUGUUAAAUACACACAUUAUAUUAACUCUCCAUGCAUCACUUUUGCAUGUUGGAUUUUGGUUUUGGCUUGCAAAGAUGUCCUCAACAUAUCUUAAGGUUAGAGGAGUGAGGUUGGAGGGCACCUCUGGUCAAGUCUUUAGUCUCCUUAAGGAUCAGGAUUGGUCUGUGCAACACUUAAUGCAGCUGCCAAGGCAUUGGUUCUGUUAAGACGCAAAGCAAGUUCACGCACCCCAACCCAAUCCCACUGCAAACUACCUGAAGCAGUGCAAGUUUAUUUGUCUAGCAGGUGAUUUUAUUUGUUAAAUUGACCCAGUGUAGGAUUCAAAUAAUGUCCUUAAGAUUAUUUUUAUGGUACACCAGCUUGAAUCACCUGUAUUGGCACUAUGGAUCUUCUGGUUUCGGCUCCAUAUCACAAAAUCACAAUCACAAAAUAUCAUAUAUCACAUGUACUUCAGAGUUCACAGGUAUCAUCGGCUAGUCAACAAAUCCACAAGUUACAAUUUUAGCAACGAUACUGCUUACCAACUGUAGGGGGACCCUGAGAGCAAAUCCUGCUUUGUGUUACAUUCAUUUAUUCAACAUGUAAUCAAUGUGAAUUCUGAAUCACAGUUGCAGCUGAAAGACCCUUUAAAUGGGUAGUUUAGACAAUAUUUAACAUACAUUUUGUACACUAAUUCCUUGAUUGUUUGGUUUAAAUUAUGUUAAAUUAGAGGAUUGUCUUAAUUAUUUGUUUCUCCAGUCUUCUACUCUAACUCAUAUCAGCAUCAGAAGUCCAUUGUAAUUGCUCAAUGGGCAUCUCAUUUGUUUUGAACUAUAUUCAUUUAUUUAACCUCUAUAAAUAAAAGAAACCAUUUUUGUUGUUGUUUUAUUUCCAAACCACAAAACAAUGUGAUGUAAUAAAAUCUUUGAAUCACAAGUGACUCAUUUUGUCUGCCAUCCCAGGAGCAGUGGUGCUCAUAAAGAAUUAGGUGCCCACUUGAAUUAAAGCAUUUCAUGAGCAAAAGUCACUACAGUGUGUAGCCGCUCAAACUAAAAGCCCAUCCCAGUGUUUGUUCUCCCUGACAUUGUCUGUAAUGAAAGGAUUAGCGAAAACUCUCAGUACACGCCAUUAUCUUUCAAACAAUAGAUUUUUUUGAAAGAAAGUUUUGUCGGGGCUUCAUUAGCAAUGGCCUCCCUCUGUGGUCUGAAUGCAGGACACAUUUGGAGCAAUUACUUGACCAGAAAACAACUGUCAGUCAUUCUUAAAGGGGAAGGAUUCCAAUUAAUAAACCUCUUCAACCCUUUGGUUUUACUGCCAUUUGCCCCCUGAUGAUUUGGUGUCUUGUGCGGCAGAGGAGAGUUUUUCCAGCAGAGGACAACAUUACAUUACACACACGUCCAAGAGUAGGUCCUUUGCUCACUUGUCUGCAGGGGAUUUCAGGGAUUUAAAUGGGAGUGCCUACAGUAGAUGUUGGUGUCAUUAGUCUACUUAUGGACUCGGGGGACACCAUGUGCGUUGCAUAGUCUAUAGUAGGAACCUGGAGGAAGAAAUGCAAUUUUGCUCUCCAGUUGUGAAGAAAAUACGUUGAACUUUAUGGAACUUUUUCCCUGAAUAAUAUAUCCUUCAUGCUUCAUAUACAUCUACUCUACUCAACGUAAACAGUUGCUUGGCCUCGUCGAGCAAGAGUUUUUUAAUAAGAAGAUCGGAUGCAUUUGUCAAUGGAUACCCUGGGAAUGGUGGACGAUAAUUGCCUCGACAACUAUGACAUUGCAAAAGGUGCCGGGUCAAGCACUGGAGGCCGGGUCCACAGUAUUGAUGUCAUACUCGGAUUCACUAAAGACCAGGACCCUUUACUGCAUUCGAUAGGAGUUGACGAUAGCCAAAAAGACAGUGAAGAAAACCCACAGCGUCCUGAGAAGCAUGUCCCACUGGAUCCAUAUGGACACCUUCCAGAACUGGGCGACAGCUCCCAACAUUCGUCCUACCAUGAAUCAGAACUUUUCUCAGGCGACAAGUGUGACGAAAAAAUGAGCGACCUGCAGGAGAACGUGGACGUCGAUGAUGGUUCUCCAGAGAGUAUGAAAGAGGAACAGUACAGUAAAAAGAAACACAGGAGAAAUCGCACCACUUUCACCACCUACCAGCUCCAUGAGCUGGAGCGGGCCUUCGAGAAGUCUCAUUACCCAGACGUCUACAGCCGAGAGGAGUUGGCAAUGAAGGUGAACUUGCCCGAGGUUCGAGUUCAGGUGUGGUUCCAGAACCGAAGAGCCAAGUGGAGACGUCAAGAAAAGAUGGACACUAGCACCAUGAAACUCCAUGAUUCCCCUGUGUUAUCUUUCAGUCGCCCCCCAAUGCCUCCCAACUCUGGUCCAGUGGCAAACCCGAUGCCCCUAGACCCCUGGUUGACCUCGCCCAUUUCUAGUGCCACGCCUAUGCAUACCAUCCCAGGGUUCAUGGGCUCACCACAGGGUUUGCAGCCUGCCUACCCAAGCCACAGCUUCCUCAAUACUCCAGCUGGCAUGGUCCAAGGUAUGCAGACCAUGGGCCCAACUCCUUACCAGUGUGCACCCAGCUACAGCGAUAAAUACCCAAUGGAGGACGACAGGAGUUCCAGCAUUGCAGCACUCAGGAUGAAGGCCAAAGAGCACCUUCAGUCAAUGGAUAAAACCUGGCAGCACAUGUGAGCUCAUCUGUGAGGAACGACGGACACAUGGUUGAGUUUCAUCACUCAAUGUUUACAGACUCGUGUUUGUAAAAGACACAUGGUACCAAAGGAGUUUGACAGUCUGCUGUUUUUCACUGAUGCAAAUGCUGCAUUCCAUUUACAUCGGAACUCAGAACUGGGAGAACCCCCCCCCACCCCCGUGUUCCAGUUAAGAAGCAAGAAAAUGUAUCUCGGGUUAGCCAUUUAUAGCAAUACCAGUCGAUAACGAUGCUCCACAUGGUUUUUAGCGCAUACACACAUUCAUUUAUUCACCGUCUAUCCUCCAAUCCCAGUUGACAUAGGGUGAAAGGCGGGCUACACCGUGGACAGGCUGCCAAUGUCCCAUUAAACUCUGCAUGUUUGUGGAUUACGGGAUGAAGCUGGAGAACCCGGAGAAACGUCACGCACACGGAGAGAACACGGAGAGAACAUGCAAACUCCAUGCAGAAAGGCCCUUUUUUUUGCUGCAAUGGCAACAGUGAUUAACCGGUGCACCACUGCACCACGCGUGUGCACAUAGCAACAUGUCUGUGGUAAAGCAGAAAACAGUGCGAUGUGUACGAAUAAUUUACUGCAAAACAAUUACGACAGAAGUGCUUUUAACACAAACAGUCGCAGUGUUUCUUUGGUGGCAGCCACCUUGGAAUCCCAUGUUGAGGUUGGUGUGGAUACUCCCAGUUUCCGAGUUGUAAAUUCCGAGUUCCCGACGGUUUGAGUGGGUUUUUUUUUUAAAUAAUUAAAACAAGCUUUCUGAUUUUUUUCAACUUCUUAAAGAAAUCAUUUAAACUGAAUCAUUUGAGCACAUCAUCUUUUCCAGGUUUGGUGAACAAAUCUGGAAAAGGUUUGUUCACAUUAGACAUUUUUACGGACCAAACAAGUAUUCGAUUCAUCGAGGAAAUAAUAGACGGAUUAAUCGAUGAUGAAAAUAAUUGUUAUUUGCAGCCCUGUUAGAAUUGCCUUUUGGAACAGAGUCCUGAGUGGGUAGGUUAUCGGAAGUCACGGAACAUAAUCUGGUUUGGAGGCUAAUUUAAACGGACAAGCAUACCUCUUAACACCUAAUUACUGCUCUUAAAGCGAUUAACCUCGGAUUUUCAGCCAUAGACAGAAUGCCCUCAGAGAACCCUGAAAACCCCUUUUCAAGACCUGAUUAUCUCCCCCAUAAACUUGCUCAUUAAAAUCACUUCUGAUUUACACAUUCAACACUGCAUUGCAGUGUUCUUCUUUAUUCUUCUUAAAUAUUUAUCCUUACUGGUGAAGGACAUUUCUCGUUGCGUUGUUGACACAAUAUUCUCUUAAGUCUGGUGAUUUUACAGUAGGAAAGUAAAUGGAUGCUGGCAGUCGCUCUUGCCUCGUGGAAAUAGCAGUUCAAUCUAGCUGUUGGACGACAAGGGAGAUGACAUAAGAUACUGGGUAUGUCUAUUUUUACCAUAUGCUUAUUUUGUGUGUGUGCAUUGAAAUGAUCGAAAUCAAAAAUACAUUUUAAAAGUUUUUUUUAUAUGGAAUCCGAAAAGCACCGUAUAUCCUCAAUUUAUCAACAUGUCAUCAAGUUAUAUUUCUAAAUCACUAUGAAGAUACACUGUGGACACCAGGGUUUUCUGUUUAUCCAACUUUUAGAAAGGGCUUCAUCCUAACUGUCGUGCUUUAUAGGUUUUGUUGUUUAUUUCAUUAUAAUCACUGUUGACAGUGGACUAUACUACUGAAAGGCCAAAGAAAUCAAAUGGAACAUGUCUUUUUACUGGAGGAAACAUUUGUACAUUUGUAUGGUUGUUUAUUUCUUUCACUGUAUACACAUUAUGUUUUUGUUCUUCAGUUUGUUUUGAAUGGUGACAUCUAUUUUCCAUUUGGAAAAUAUGAGCAAAAUAGAAUAAAGUUACAUUAGCUCUACUGUAGGAA